AUGGUUGAGAAUCCAUCGUCAUCGUCUUCUGCGCUGCCCUCAGAACCCCUCCAAGGCCCUAACGUCGAUCAGAAGCCAUCAGUUUUGGUGCUGGGAAUGGCGGGCUCCGGAAAGACGACGUUCGUGCAGAGACUGACCGCGUUUCUGCAUGCGCGCAAGACUCCUCCGUACGUCAUCAAUCUGGAUCCGGCAGUGAGCAAAGUACCGUAUCCGGUUAAUGUGGAUAUCCGAGAUACGGUCAAGUACAAGGAAGUGAUGAAAGAAUUCGGAAUGGGACCGAACGGAGCCAUCAUGACUUGCCUCAAUCUGAUGUGCACCCGUUUCGACAAAGUAUGCCGAAUUAGUGAUUGCUCUUCACCGGGAAACUGUUUUCAGGUCAUCGAACUGAUCAACAAGCGUUCUUCUGAUUUCUCCGUCUGCCUGCUGGAUACUCCCGGACAGAUCGAGGCAUUCACGUGGAGUGCCAGUGGAUCCAUCAUCACGGACUCUCUCGCAAGCAGCCAUCCGACCGUCGUCAUGUACAUCGUCGACUCUGCGCGAGCCACCAAUCCGACAACUUUCAUGUCCAACAUGCUCUACGCGUGCUCCAUUCUCUACCGUACCAAACUGCCGUUCAUUGUUGUUUUCAACAAGGUAACCCGCCUGAUAUUCUCAGAAAAGACAGCAGUCAUCCUAUUUGCAGGCUGAUAUUGUGAAACCGACAUUCGCUCUCAAAUGGAUGCAAGAUUUUGAACGUUUCGAUGAAGCUCUCGAGGACACCCGCAGCAGUUACAUGAAUGAUUUGAGCCGGUCUUUGAGUCUGGUGCUCGAUGAGUUCUAUUGUGGGCUCAAGACCGUUUGUGUCAGCUCAGCGACGGGAGAAGGGUUCGAAGACGUUAUGAAAGCGAUCGAUGAGAGUGUGGAGGCGUAUAAGAAAGAUUACGUUCCGAUGUACGAGAAAGUUCUGGCAGAAAAAAGGGAGCUGGAUGAGAAGGAGAAAAAGAAGAGAGAAGAAGAAGUGAGAAAGAAUGGAAUGAAGAAAACGGAAUAAGUGAUUGUUUUCAGGUUCUGAAAGGAAAACCGCUGCACGAUCUGAGAAAGCCAGGAGGCGACGACGUGAUGCUCGAAACGGAGCUCAACUCGAAAGUCGAUCGGAUCCAUUUGGGCGGUGUCGACGAAGAAAAUGAAGAGGACGCGGACAUAGAAAGAGUUUGA